CGCUAAUCAAUUCCUCUGUAAAUUUCAACUCCUCACUCCUGCAAGCAACCACCACUUCUCUCUCCUUUUCUCUCUUCCUCGAACAGCUACAUUAGAACCCCCAAUGAAGUAAAACCCGAUAACCCAAGGAAGAUGAGUGUUUCUUUGACCGUGAUGACCUUCAAUCUUCUGGAGGAUCAGCCGGAUGACAGCCCCAACGCAUGGGACAAGAGGAAGGAUUUGUGCGCGACCGUCGUCACAAGUUAUUCUCCAAUGGUUCUUUGCACGCAGCAAGGGGUGAAAUCACAAUUGGAUUACCUUCAGCAAUGUUUGCCAGGUUAUGAACAAUUUGGAAUUUCAAGGAAAGGAUCUGAUGAUACUUCUGAUCAGCACUGUACAAUCUUCUAUGACAAGGAAAAGGUUGAGCUGCUUGAAGGCGGAACCUUUUGGCUAUCAGAGUCACCUUCAGUUCCCGGAAGCAUUUCGUGGGGUUCUACGGAUCCUUGCAUCUCGACAUGGGCUACAUUCCAGCUGAAAGGCGUCGAGCCACCAGGUUUUUCAUUUCAAGUUGUUAAUACAAACAUGGAUGAAUUUAGUCCUCGUGCUCGUAGGCGUGGUGCUUUGCUCACAUGGCAACAUAUUGCUUCCUUGCCUCCUAAUUUGCCUGUUUUAUACUGUGGUGGUUUCAACACACAAAAGGAAUCAACCACUGGGCGUUUUCUUCUUGGAAGAUCAAGGGAACAUGGUAUUGUAGGUGAUAUGAGGGAUGCUUGGCCAAAUGCUCGAGUCAGGAAAAAUGUUGGAUUAAUUCGCACUUACCAUGGAUUUAAAGGUGAUAAACAAGGAGCUCUAGAGUUCUUGAAGCUGCUUUUCCGAGCACUUUGCCUUUGCUGGGAUCGUCAGACCCAAGACUUGCAUGUGGACUGGAUUCUUUUCAGAGGCAGGUCACUCAUCCCCGUUUCCUGCGAAGUGGUGAAUGAUAAUGUGGACGGGUAUUAUCCUUCGUCUCACUAUCCAAUAUUUGCUGAAUUCAUGCUUCCUCGAACUGUGAGAUUGACCGAGACACCAUCUCAAGAUUGACAAUUUGGUUAUCCCCUCCUUGGGUGCGCACCCACACACACACACAUAAGUAUACAUAUAUACACAUAUUCUUCCUCUCCCAUUUUCUACCAGCAAUAUUUGUGUAAUCUAUUGAUUGUGGUUUUGUUCACUCACUGGUGCUGUGCUACACAUAAUCUGGUUGUGUUUUGCAGAAAAAUUCGAGGUUAUUUAUAAAUAUUCAAAAUGCUGCUUCAAA